AUGCCCGUUCCCCCUUCAUCACGUCCGUCUUCUGCCAGCAAGGCACCCAAGAGGUUAUUCUCAGCGCCCUAUCAAAAAUCGCGCAUCGACUUCGAAGUAUUCAACGCGUGGAUUUAUAAUCUUGCCAGCUCCUUUUCUGCCCUCUCCAAUUCCCUUUCCGAAGGCAGUGGUGCUCGCCCGCAAACAGUCCAGUUAAAGAGUGGGGUGGAGGGAUUCGGCGGCUUGAGUGAAGAGCCUGUGUUCCCUGCUUUCCGCUUCUACAACCCAGGAGCACACGCCUACUUGGCAAAAAGAAAUACUUCCAAGGAGGUUGUUACGCAGGAUCGUGAUCCUUUUAGCAAUCAGACCAUUUAUUUUUUAGUCGAAUGGGAAUGGAUACCGCAACCAAAAAGUCUCGGUGCAUUCCUAAGACACAAGGCUUCUAAAAUGUUCCUUUGUUUCAACAGACAUGGGAAGCCAACAGUUCAGAAGCGAAUAAAAAUCAGUCGCUGUCUUAUUCAUGGUUUCCUUCCACGACGUGAUCUCAUCGAUACACCAGCCCAACCAAAAUCUGAAAACAGACAACUGACCACAAGUCAAGCCCCGAUGAUUUCAACCAAAUCAACAUCACAAUUGCAGCUGAUGUCCAGUAGCAACUUGACAUCAGCUCAAAUGAAGCGCAGUCUUCGGAGGUAUUUAAAAAGAAGAGACAACCUUGCCAAGUUUUCCAUUCCUGCUGCAGUCCACCUUGCAUCCAAGUCCCACAUACCUCCCUGGCACAUAGGCUUCUGUCCGAACGGUCGCGCUUUCGCCAACAGGCAACCUUACAUGGCGACCUGUCCAAACUUCCAACUCUCCAAGAAGUGGAACUUGCUCUAUAUUUGCCCGCCGAUACCAAAUCACUGUCGAAGACCCGAAUGUCUGUUGGCCAAGAGAAUACUUACUCAAUUAAACGGGUGCCCAAGAGCCUGCCAGUUAAGCAUUUACUGUGGUAAUAUGUCAAACGUCUUUUUGUCGGUGAAUUUGUGA